AUGCACCUGGAGUUGUUGGACAAGCUGGCCAUUUAUGUGGUGGUUGUCACGCCACUUAUCAUCCUCUCCAAGCCCGUCUUGCCCAAGGUCAAAUGGGGCUAUGACUUUCUCCCGCAGAUGGCCUUGCACAUGUGGUCCUUCUUGAUUGCCUGCCUCAUCCUCCUGCACUCCGGAGAAGGCAGCGUGGAUACGAAGAUGGCCAUCGUCUCCUUUGCCGCAGCUAUGCUUAUUGUCGCCAACUUGGCCACAGUGGGGUUCAAUCUGAACCUUGCAGCUCCGUGUGUGGCCCUGGGCUGGGAGUUGAUCUACACCGUUGACCGCUUCGGCAAGUGA